AUAUCCCCUCUGUUGUGAGUGUGGGGGUUGUCAGCAGACUGUCAGAUGAGGACUUCAUUAGUUUGAGUAACAUUUUUCACAUUUAUAUGGCAUGUAGAUGCCACAAAACACAGAGUGACAAUGCAGAUCCUCACUCCUCAUGUUUACUGGGCUCAGCGGCACGGAGAGAUUUACCUCCGGGUGGAUCUGAGCGAUGCAAAGAAUCUCGACAUCAGCCUGCAAGAAAACCACACACUUCAGUUCCGAGCACAGGGUCAUGGAGCUAAAGGAGAUAAUGAAUACAUGUUCAGUUUGGAGUUCCUGGAACCUGUCAGACCUGAGGUCAACCAUAAGUCAACACAGCGCCAGGUUGACAUCAAGCUCAAGAAGCAGGAGGAGCGUUGGUGGGACCGGCUGACACAGCAGCAGAAGAAGCCUCUGUUUUUGGCUCCGGACUUCGACCGCUGGCUGGACGAGUCCGAUGCAGAGAUGGAGCUUCAGGCUAAGGAGGAGGAGAAGAUAAACAAGAUAAGUGUGGAGUCGAGAGUUCGUACAGACCCCUACCUCGGGCUGAAGAGAGGCUACUUGUUUAUGUACAACCUGGUGCAGUUCCUGGGAUUCUCCUGGAUCUUUGUCAACAUGACAGUUCGACUCUUCAUUCUUGGUCAAGAUUCGUUCUACGAUACCUUCCACACCACGGCUGACAUGAUGUAUUUCUGUCAGAUGAUGGCUGUGCUCGAAGUCAUCAAUCCAUUGUUGGGUCUGGUUAAGACUGGAUUCUUUCCUGCUAUGAUACAGGUGGCAGGCAGGAACGUCAUUCUGUUUGUGAUCUUCGGCAGUCUGGAAGACAUGCAGAACAAACCCGUUGUCUUCUUCGUCUUCUACCUGUGGAGCACCAUCGAGAUCUUCAGGUACCCUUUCUACAUGCUGGCCUGCAUCAGCACAGAGUGGAAGCUGUUGACGUGGCUGAGAUACAGCCUCUGGAUCCCUCUGUACCCGCUGGGGGUUGUGGCUGAAGCAGUGGCCGUGAUCCAGUCCCUGCCCAUCUUCGACGAGACGCGUCUGUUCAGCCUCCCCCUCCCUGCGCUGCUGGGACACUCUUUAAGCUUCUCCUACACUUUGCAGCUCUACCUGGUCCUCAUGUUUCUGGGACUCUUCAUCAAUUUCCGCCACCUGUACAAGCAGAGGAGGAGACGAUUCCGCUCGAGGAAAAGGAAAGUCCAAUAACUCAUCAGUUUAUUUCUAACGCACCAUGAACUGCCGUCCUCUUAAAGCUGCAGUCUUCUUUUCCUCUAAUUGCCUUUCCUCAUCUUCCUACACGCACACACUGACCUGAUGUGUACUGCGCUCCUUAUUCCUCCACUGGGUGAACUGUUAACCUUCUCAAGACCACAUCCUGUAAAUCCUACUGUACCUGCUCCACGACUUCAACGGAUGUCACCAGAGGACACAGGUCGAUCCCAUACAUUUACUUUUCAGUAGAUUUCCUUGUCGGGUAAACGAUUAGAGUAGGGGAUAAUGUGGUUUAGGAAAACAGUUUCUAUGAAUGAACUCGCUGUUACAGAUCCGUCAUUUUUGCUUCAUUUCUUUCAUUAUUUUUUAAAUGAUGGUCCUUGUCAGAGAUAAUAUUGUUAUUGUUACGGCUCUUCAAUGGUCUUUUAACCAAAUAAUUACAAUUCACAGAUCCAUCAGUCAAUAUUCAUUAACAUUUAUAUUUGUGUUAUAUUGUUGCGUGUUAAUACAAUUGAAAGUCAAUACAGUUUUAAAACUCUCUGUUGUGGAGUUUUCGAGGAUGCUUCACUCUUUGUGAAUUUUGAGUUGUCUUUUUCUGAGACCAGCAGAUUAAUACGAUCACCUCUCUUAUGUCGAUGUUUGGUCAGAAGACUGAAUUCUUUAUUGAACGUAUAUCGUGAGAGUUUGAAUAUUGUUCCCAUGUGCGACAGCAUGAAGAAACGACAAUCUCGAGCAAGUUUCAAGUCUCUGCAAGUUGAUAUUGAACAUGUAAAUUCUUUGGAAAAUCCGUCAGCAUUGAUGUAAAGUUGAUCAUGUGUGUGUGAUAAACGAUGGAGACAUUAUUUCAGAUGCCUUUGCAUGAAAACACUGGCUCUUAACUAUAAACUGUCCGUUUUAAAUUUAGAUGUCCGUUGUUUUCAGAGUUGCGUUCCUCACAAUGAGCCUUGGAGGACGCUGUCAGUCAUUCGCUGCUUUGAAUAUUAACAAAGUCAUGCAAAUGACUGUAGAAGGAAACCUGUUACAAAUAGAUCUCAAUUGUUUCACUUCCUGUGAACUUCGUCCUGGAGGGAAGGUGGGAUUGACACGUAAUGAAGGAAGUAUUGUGUAUUUGUUGCAUGCUGAAAGAAUACAAACAGCAAAAUAGGAGAAAGUGUAAUGGAGAAUAGGAAUGGUGGGUGAGGAAGUAGUCCUCAUAAAAAGAUGAUCUUUUUUUAACUUGACAAAUGCUUUUAGCUCAUUAAUACUGUAACGCUAACUCCACUGAGUACACGCCUGUUCUGGACUGACUGCACCUCCAGAGUUUAGGUCUCUGCUUUAAAGCGCCUACUGUAUGUGUAGAAUUUAUGGUGCCAGAAGUGAUUAUUAUUAUUAUUAUUAUUAUUAUUAUUAUUAUUAUUAUUAUUAUUAUUAUUAUUAUUAUUAUUGAAGAAUACAGCAAAGUGUGUUGCUACCCCUCGACCCUGAUGGAGCCUACAUGUGGACACUGAGAUGAAUUGAAGGAAAGCAACACCUUUUUCUCAAUGUAGUGUAAGCCCACACAGAUGUGUGUGUGUGUGGUCAGUGUGUGCUGCACUUUAGACUGCACCAUUUGUUCUUUUCUUUUUUUUAAACUUACAAUACCAUCAUAAAGAUUUGAACCGGGAUGUUUUGGUCAUGUGACCGUCCACUGACUGUACAUGAGUUCUUUGUUUUUAUUUUGCCCGUUCCAAUAUGUUCACCUUUGAGACUUUCCUUUUUAUUAUAUUUAUUUGUGUUUACUGAGGAUGUUGACUUUAUUUGUUUGUUUCAGGUUGAUUCUUCUAAAAGUGUCUAUUGGGAAGGCUGUGUAGUGGACAUACAGCUUGAUUUAAACAUGUAUUGCAUUUCAGAAGUCAAGUUUCCUGACAAAAAUAAACAUCUGAGUUUGGA